CUCGCGUGACCAGACCAGGGGAAGCUGUUGGGGGGAGCGUCUCUCUAUACUCGUUGGGUUUCACGUGACCCAGGCCGGUGGGUCCUAUGGCGGGGUGAGAGCAUGCGCGUGCCGGGCGGCGCGAGCUGUGCGUCUUCUGUUUCCCGGCCACCCCUGCGCGGAAUCCGCUAUCUUCCCGGCCGACCGCUGAAGACGCCAAGAUGGCGGCUAGUAACUACUACGGGUUUGCGACCGGUGCUGUUGCUGGACCCCAGUACAGAUUAUGAGCCCUUUUGCUAUAGGAAACCUUUUAACUGGUUUUCUAUGUAAAAUGUGCUGAGAAUGCUUUAAAAAGGGUUUAUAUUAAAUAUUGAACAGGAAAAAUAAGGAACAUGGCAGUAGUCAGUAUUCAAGUGUCAAGGGCUUCUGAAACAACAGUUUAAAUGUACCUUUGGAGUAACAGAAGUGCCCAGCCUGCUCCGGCUUACUCUCACCCCGCUACGGCAGCAAGCUACACCGUCCAGCCGACGCCGGGAGUGGACCAUACCAUGGCACCUGCCUAUGCUCCGGCGGUGCAGGCUGCCAGGCCCGUGGCACCUGCAGCAUACGGAGGCUACCAGGCCCAUUCGGCGCCGGACUACGGUUAUGGGACACGGCAGCUGGAGCCGGCCCCCCAGCCUGCAACAGCACAGAGCUACCAGCAGGAUGGUUACAGUUAUGGCCGAUCUCCAUCUGCAAGUGGCUACGAGACCAAACCCUAUUACCAGGCAGUAGUCACACAAUCCCAGCACGUGACCACAGACUCGUAUUACCACUCAAACUCCCAGGGCAGCUACAGCCAGCCUGCUGCGGUGUACGGUCCAAGCCAGCCCCAGAGGCAAGUGACUCCCAUCAAGCCGGUCCAGACUGUGAAUGCUGCUGCUUCCAGCUACAGCGCCUAUCCGACAGCGACGACAGGCCAGCAGAACAUUUCUGCCCCCUCCAUCCAGUCGUACACCCCUUCCUCUUCGUACGCCUCUUCCUCCUACAACUCCUCUCCUGCUUCCUACUCGGGGUCAAACUACUCCAGCUACGAUGCCACUUCGUACACAGCGGCCAACGCUUCUUACUACCAGGCCACUCCGCAGCAGCAGCAGCAGCAGCCGCCCCCUCCCACACCGCAGCCGAAGCCCAUGGGGGCCCCCCUGUGGAGUGGCGCCGGCAGCGGCAACGCCAACACCACCCCUAGUGGCAGUUACAAGAAAGUGCCGUUUCCCAGCAAGCCACUCAAGCCCAAAGGCCCUCCGAAGCAGCCUCAGCUGCACUACUGUGAGAUCUGCAAGAUCAGCUGUGCGGGGCCUCAGACUUACCGUGAGCACUUAGAAGGACAAAAGCACAAGAAGAAGGAGGUUGCACUGAAGACGGGGAGCCAGGCUGGCAGUGGCCCUCGGGUCCAGACCCAACUUCACUGUGAGCUCUGUGACGUCUCCUGCACGGGAGCAGAUGCCUAUGCAGCCCAUAUUCGAGGAGCCAAGCACCAGAAGGUUGUCAAGCUGCACACGAAAUUGGGGAAGCCUAUCCCUUCCACUGAGCCAGUCUUGGUCAACUCCUCGUCAGGUCCUGCAAACGGCGCAGCCAGUAAGCAAGCUCCCCAGCCCCCUGCGUCCGCCCCACCGGCUGCACUCGCGAAGCCAGCAGUGGGGGUUGCAAACAGCACAAGCAGCUUGAGCAAGCCAGCACUGACAAAGAAGCCCACUGCAGCAAAGUUAACCUUUACAGGAGCUAGCAAGCUUCAGGUGGCCAGCACAAAACAGGAGGCGGCAAAAGGGGUGCAGCCCAAAGCGGCAAUGCAGGCAGAGCAGCUCCUGCUCGAUAGUUCUGGAGAUGGUCCUGGAGACCUGCUUGACGUGCAGCCUGUGGGCCAUGAUUAUGUAGAAGAGGUGCACAAUGAUGAAGGGAAGAUGAUCCGCUUCCACUGCAAGCUGUGCGAGUGCAGCUUCAAUGACCCCAAUGCCAAGGACAUGCACCUGAAGGGGCGGCGCCACAGGCUUCAGUAUAAGAAGAAAGUCAACCCAGACCUCCCCGUGGAGAUCAAGCCCAGCAACCGGGCACGCAAGAUGCACGAGGAGAAGCUGAAGAAGCAGCAGCUGCGGGCCUUGGUGAAGAGGCGCCGGGAGGAGGAACAGCGCUGGCACUUGGAAAUGAGGCGUUAUGAAGAAGAGCUCUAUUGGCGGCGGGUGGAAGAAGAGCAGCUGUACUGGGAGGAGCAGCAGCGGCGGCGGCUGGCAGCAGACUGGCGUCCUCCUCCUCUCAUGGGCAGGCCCGGGGUGCCCGUCCCUCCGCUCUUGCCCACUCGGCGGCCAGACUCUUCCGAUGAUCGUCACAUCAUGACAAAGCACUCCAACAUCUACCCAACAGAGGAAGAGCUGCAGGCCAUUCAGAAAGUUGUGUCGCACUCUGAGCGUGCCCUUAGGCUUGUCUCUGAUUGGCUGACAGAACAGGAAACAGAAAAAGAGGAAGGAAAUAAAGAGAGAGGGAAGACAGAAGGCCCACCCCGGGUUCUGAAAGGCGUCAUGAGAGUCGGAGUGUUGGCAAAAGGGCUGCUUCUCCGUGGAGACAGGAACGUGCAGCUGAUCUUGCUGUCGGCCCAGAAGCCCACUCUGACGCUGCUCCAGAGCAUUGCAGAGCAGCUGCCGAAACAGUUGGGGAAGGUGACGAAUGACGGCUAUGAAGUUGUGCCCAACUCUGAGGAAGCCAGUAUAGUCAUUGCUUCCUGCAAGGAGCCCAAAAUGCAGGUCACGGUGUCGCUCACGUCUCCUCUGAUGAGAGAAGAGGCACCCUCUGAUGAAGAGACCUCCUCAGAACUUCAGCUCAACUCCUCCGAUAUCUUGAACAAGGAGAAAUGCCUGAAGUCACUAGCUGCUCUUCGCCAUGCUAAAUGGUUCCAGGCCCGAGCGAAUGGCCUGCAGUCGUGUGUGAUCAUCAUCCGGGUUUUGCGGGACCUGUGCCAGCGGGUGCCAACAUGGGCUGCCCUUCCAGACUGGGCCAUGGAGCUCCUGGUUGAAAGGGCACUGAGCAGUGCCACGGGGCCUCUGGGUCCCGGAGAGGCCAUGCGGCGGGUCCUGGAGUGCAUUGCCACUGGAAUGCUUCUGGCAGAUAGCCCAGGGCUUCAGGACCCUUGCGAGAAGGAGCCAGUGGACGCCUUGCAGAACAUGGCCCAUCAGCAGCGGGAGGAUGUCACGGCCAGCAGUCAGCACGCCUUGCGGAUGCUUGCUUUCCGUCAGAUCCACAAAGUCCUCGGCAUGGAGCCCUUGCCAUCCCUCAAGAGCCGGCCUGGCACGCACACCCGGAAAAGGCGGUGGGACAUGAAUGAAGAGAUGGAGGGCGAGGGGGAUGGCAAGAAAGACAAGAAGGAGGAGGAGGAAGAGGAGGAGGAGGAGGAGGAAGAGGAAGAAGACAAUGGCGCUUAACACUCUGGCAGGAUGAGCAGAGAAUGCUGUUCACAUGACUUUACUUUUAUAUAUAUAUAUAUAUAUAAAAAUAUAUAUAUGAUGAGUUGCUGUUUAGUCUAAGUUUUGGUAAUUUUAGUGUGUUCUCCCCUUAAAACAACAUACUGUAGACUGUUUUAAUACUGUGCUUCAGCCAUUAAAGGGAUUCCAUCAUUCCGUAAAGAUUAGCGUUGCUUCUGCAACAACCCCCUGUCUAAGCUCUGCUCUUCAAAGAAAACCUCCUCUCAGCCAUAUCUGUACGUUAAAGCUGGUGUCCUUUAAACAGCCACACCUCUGACUCUCUAGUAUUUUUUACCCCCUAAGCUUUAAAAAUGUCUCAUGGUAGCAUAGAGGGUAAUUCAGGUUUAGUGGGCCUGAGAUACUGAAUAGCAUUUCUAUCUUUGGCCAAGUGGGUUACGUUAAGCACGUUCUUGCGUUGCUUGGUGUGUGUUUCUCAAGUUGGGUGAUCAGGAUCACAGUGUGUGGGGGAGAGAGGGUUUAACACUCUGACCCCAGAGUGGUCCCAGUGCAAUCUGGGAAAUGCAAAACAAGUCCACGAGGGCCGAGGAUUUGCUUUACGGAUGUAAGCAUCCCUUGCUUUGUGCUUCCAGAUCCAAAAUGGAGCCAAUUCUUGACUUGGGAAGAAUGACGGUGUGAAACAGCCGUCCCCCACCCCACCCCACCCCGUACUGUGUAGUAAAUUCUCCAGCAAGGAAGGAGUGCAUCCAGCAGAACAGGUUGCCAGACAGGGCCAGAAACCUCUUCUCCAAGCGCACCCCUUCCCAUUGAGUAGGAGAAGGAGCUCCCUUGGACAUCCCGGUUCCCCCGUCUAAUGCCGAGUCGGCAGGGCAGCCAUUACAUUGGGCAUUCACUCCCCUGCCAUACUCCCCUUGGCACUCCUCAUGAGCGGUUGCUGGCAGAAGAUGCUCAGUGGAGUGACUGGACCAUGGUGCAAGUAGGAGCCCAUGUUACGGAGGAAGCGACGCGGAAGAAUUCUACGCAGGGUGGUUGGGUAGGAAGGGCUCUUCCGUGUUUCUCAUCUGCUGUGGGUCCUCUCUUGGGCUGUGUGGAAACCAGCGAGGUAGAGCAGUAUUCAUAUUGGAAGAUGGGCUCACCCUGCACUUGAUGGGCUCCCAGUGUGAAGCAGCAGUGCAGAGGAGGGCUGCUUCAAGAGAGGGCAGCUGCAGGCCGGGGUUUCAAAGCAACGUUGUAGGGCAUGAACUUGGCCCAUCCUGCGAUCUUCUUCCUUAUUUGAGGGAUUGCAAAGAAGUCCCAGCUUCUUUGAACACAAAGAGGCUGUUCUCACGCAUCGCCUAACCCGGGCUAGGGAUGCCCAAGCUGGGUUAGGCUGCUCGCGAGAACCGCUGGGAUCGGGUCCAAUCCUGGCAGGCCAGGGCCGCCUAUCCCAGCUUUUUAGCCUGGCUGCUAGCCAAGGUUAAGGGAGUGAGCACUCGCUUGACCUGGCUCCUUGCUCAUGUGCGAGCCGGGCUGCUUCCAGCCCAGCCACACACAGAGAUGGGCGCCUAGACUGCCCAUCUCUUGGGGGAAUUCCCCCAAUGCAUGAAACGGUGCAUUGUGGGAUCUCCAAGAGGCCGGGACAAUGAGUCCCAACCUCUGUCUACCCACAUUGCUGGGAGCAGCACAGAGAUUCAUCUGCGCUGCUCCCUGAAGCGCUGGUUGUGUGCGUGAGUGGCUUGCACGCUUUGGGGGCUGCAAGUGGUCGUCUGGGGGUAGGGAGGUUGAACCCCGCCUUCCCCCACCUGACUGCGUGCACGUGCAGUCGCUUGAACAGCCCCAAUGUGUUUCCUCUGGUUCUAGUCCUGCAGUUCCAACCUCUGAGGAAAGUUGUGGCCCUAACUGCCUAUCUUUCUCUCCUCAGAAGCCACCGAGUUGGCAGUUAGGGGUCAUCUCUGCCCCCCACAACAGCUGAGAACUUGAUGGAAGGAAAACUAACCACAGAAAUUAGGACCAAGUGCCUUGUCGAGGGAGGCUGCUGGGCAAAGCUGCUUUUCAGUCGGACAUUUUAACCCUCCGCUGCCACCUCUGCUGGCUAGUCUGUCCUCCUUGCCUCUAAGAUGCUUCUCAGCAUUGCCUCUCUAUAAAGAAAAGAAUAACUUCAGCCAUAGGGAGUGGCCCUGGGUGGGCUUCCCCCCACUUUAACCUCAUAAGUCAGAGGUUCUCAAACUUGGGUCCCCAGAUGUGGCCGGACUACAAAUUCUAUCAUCCCCAGCCAGCCAUUGUGGGUGAGGGUGAUGGGAAUUGCAGUCCAACAAGUUCUGGGGACGCAUGUUUGAGAAACUGUGUCAAAGGUCACUCGUGCAGGGGUCCUUGGGUGUGAACUCGGAGGGAGGGUAGGAUGUCUCCCCUUUGGACUGACGCUGCUUUCCCUGCAGGAGGGAGAAGAGGCGUCUUCGCCAGGCUGCAGUGGCCUAGUUGCUUUGUGGAGGGUUUCCUGAUGCUGUCUCUGUGUGUGUGUUUGUUUAAAAUAACUCUUAUUUCAGAGUUGCACUUGUAGGGUUCUGAAUUUUUAUUAUACCCAGUGCUACCUGGGGAUGAGGGAGAAUCCUCCUUGAAAUAAAAGCACCCUGCUUUCCUUG